GAAGUCUGUGACUCCGCUCCUGAUGUGGGCUAAGCUAAGCUAGUUCAAAACUCCCCCCGCUAACCGUUACCUGCUCCCGUUAUCACUGCUCCCGUUAAUGACGCCCUUAUCCCUCGCGGAGCGUUUUAUCCAUCAGCACAUACAGACCUUUUAAAACUGUAUUUAUUUGGUGAUAUCGACCGUCGAUCCGGUUGAUUUGAGCCACCAACUGGCUCCCAGUCUGAGCUAAGCUAACAGUUAGCCUCACUGCCAAAAUGGCGGACAACGAGGAUGACAGCGGUUCGGUCAGAACAAUAACAGCCGCGGAGCCGCCGGUGGCCGCGGCUCAGCACCCCGCCGCCGGCUGCACUCAGCCUGCGGACAGUUUACCGUCAGCGUCCGCCGUUCAGAUCACCCAGCCCGGGGAUAGCGUACAGGCCUCCGAUCAGAGCGGUCAGCCCGGGGAGAGUUUACCGUCAGGCUCCGGAGCUCAGCUGACGGACUUUUUACAGAGCUGCCCGGAAGAACAGAGCAUCCUGGUGGGCACAGAGUUCACCGGCCUGGGCCCGGACCUGGUCAACACCACCAUCAUCUACGUGCAGCCGGAUGGUAGUCUGGUGGAGGGCUCCGGGCUGACGGCCGAGGAGCAGCAGGCUCUGCUGGACCAGCUCACCAAGCAGCAGAUCGUCCAGGUCUCUGACACAGAGGCCGCCCAGCUGCUCCAGCAGAGCCAGCUUGUCAAAACCAUCCCGGUCCACAACGCGGCCCUAGAUCCCAGUCAGCUGCAGCAGGUCAUCAACCAGGUCACCAAGACCCAGCAGCAGGUCCACGCCCAGGUUCCCCAGCAGCAGGUCCACGUCCAGGUCCCCCAGCAGACCAUGAAGCAGCAGGUCCAUGUCCAGCCGGCCCAGGUACCUCAGCAGGGUUUGAAGCAGCAGAAGCAGGUUCAAGUCCCUCAGCAAAACCUGAAGACCACAACCUCGAACAACGCGUCCCAGCAGCUGAAGAGUGUCGCCCAGCAGGUGGCCAUGCAGACCAGCGGGGUCCAGGUGGUCCAGAAGAAGACGGAGCCCGUCAGGAUCCAGAUCCAGGCUCCUCCCAAACAGGAAGUGAAGCCUGGUGCCGCCCCACAGCAGAAGAGCGUGGCUGUCAAUCAUCCGCAGGUGAAGCUGUCGGCGAAUGGCAGCGUGAGCAGCGCUCAGAUCAUCCACAUCCAGCCUGUGGUUGGUCAGCAGGGUCAGCAGUUCUUCCUGCAGCAGAGUCCGGGCGACCCGCCCAUUCAGCUGCUGCUGCAAAGCCCCACCCCUGUUGUUGGAUCUCUCCUCCCAUUGGUCCACAAGCUGACAGGCCAGACGACAUCACCGGGCGCUGCCUCCGGUCCGGGUCAGAAACCUUUAGCGUGCCCCAUCAGAGUUCAGACCCCCUCUACUGUUAAGACCACAUCCGCUUCCAUUGUCAAGACCAGUUCUUCUAAAACUGUCAGUGUCCCGCUAAUUAAAAAUCCUGCUAAUGGCACAGCUGCCGGUCAGAGUCUGGUCAAACCUCCUGCAGUCAUCACGGCAGUCUCAGUCCAGACCGCCUCACCUGCCCAACCUGCCGUGACCACGCCCGCAGCUCCACCCCCUGUAACUCCAGCAGUGAAGGACAGAGAGAGAGAGGAGAAAAAGAAGGUGAAGAAGAGGGAGAAGAAAGCGGUGAAGGUCCAGACCAGAUCAGGUCGGGUUUCUAGACCGCCAAAGUACAAAGCCAAAGACUACAAGUUCAUAAAGACGGAGGACCUGGCCGACAGCCAUCAGUCCGACUCUGACGACUACUCUGACAUGAGUGUGGAGGAAGAGGAGGGGGAGGGUGGGAAGAAGGACGGCCCCGUCCCCGGCGCCUCCACCUCCCUCACCUACAGCCACAAGUCCCGGUCCCACCGCUGCCAGACCUGUGACAAGGCCUACAUCGGUCCCGGAGGCCUGAACCGGCACUAUAAACUGAACCCAAGCCACGGAGAUCCUGAUCCAUCCGGCGACCAGCCCGGCAACACACCACGUACACUCAGAGAUGUCAGCCAAUCACAGGAGACAACAGUCAGAGAGGAGGAGAAGAAGAAGGAGGACAAACCUGUUCCCACGGCAACAAGCAGAGUGGAGGGGGGUCCAGCAGCAGCUGUAGGACUCAGGGGCCUCCAUCACCGGGGCCCUGGCCGGCCCCGAGGACGAGGGAGAGGCCGGGGCCGGGGCCGGGGUCGGGGCCGGUCGCUGGCUCCACCUCCUAAGGUGAUGGUGGGCCUCGUUAGUCGUCGAGGUCGACGUGGCCGACCUCCAAAGCUCAGCGUUACCACGGCAACAGCAGAGCAGCAGGCAGAGAGGAGGCGAGACCGACUUCAGGAGCUGGUGGAGCAGUGUGAGGAUGAGGAGCUGAUGGACAUCGUUCUUCCUCGUUUAACCAAAGUGUUGAGUCUGUGGGAGCUGCUGCUGGCAAAGGUGGAGCGCGGUGGCCCGGCUCGGACUCGGUUCCCAGACAUUUACCGUGAGUACGAGUCCCUGCAGGUUCAGGUGAAACAGGCUGCUCAGGACUACAUCAUCAGCCCGCAGGGCGGAGCCAUGCCACUCGAGGUCAGGAACAUUGAGGUUGCCAGGUCUCUGGGGAUCCUGGAUGAGGUGAACAGGAUGAAGGUGGUUCCUGGAGCGUCUCCCAGUUCCAGUCUGACCAAUAAGAAUGUCCGAUACAUGGAGAAUUCCAAGAUGCUGCCGCCUUCAAAGAGAUUCAAGAUGGAGAACAGCAUCCCAGUUCAUCAGAACGGCAUCGAGACGCAAACAACUGGUGGGACGACAGUCACCUCUGUAACCUCCGUGACCCCUGCUAACUGCUCUAUAAAGUCCUGCUCGGUCUCUGUGUCCCCUCUGGUGAUUCCAGAAGGAUCCAAACCAUUGACCACUUCUGCUGACUCUGCCUCCAGCUCCUCUGGCUCCUCCAUCGAGCCCCCACCCCUUGCCACACCUAUGGAGGUGACCCCAGGUGAGGACCAAGCGGAGGGGUCUCUGAAGACUGACGUCCUGGUAGAGCAUCUGCCGGCGGGCCAAGACCAAGUCUUGAGCACCACUGACAUCGCGGCCCAGAUGAAGGAACUAGAGAAAGCUCUGGGUUCAGGUCCUGAGACCACGACAGACACAAAGACACUGGAGUCCAGCACAGUCCAGACACCUGAGUCCACCCAGACACCUGAGUCUAGCAUAGUCCAGACUCUGGCCUCCUCUCAGCAGAAGGACUUGUCCCAGUCUCAGUCCAGCACCACAGAUGUGUGUGAGGCCAAAGAGCUGCAAGAGGGGCAGGAGAUCUACAUCCAGACUGAGGGGCUGACGGUCCAGCUGGCAGAGCCUGGAUCAGACCGGAUUGUCAUUGUCAACGGGCCGGAUGGGACCACUAUGCACAUCCAGACUCCAGAGGGGGUCCCCCUGGAGGCGGUCCAGGCCCUGCUGGGCAUAGAGGCGUCAGACGGAGCCAAAGCUCCUCACUAAACCCUGAACAGAAUCCAGUCUAAUCUGCACUGAGCAGGACCAGAAACUGACCUGGACCGCAUCACACUGGGAAAGUCUGGAUUUUUAAGGUGGUAUUUAUAAGGUAGUAUGAGCUCCCAGGUAAUACUACAGCUGUGAGUCUUACACAUCCAACACCUGGACCCAUGAAACACCUGCAACACCUGUCUGCAGGGGGCGGAGCAUAAACACACCUGUCAGUCUGGUUUCAGGUGUUUCUUUUUCAGAUCAUCAUCUGAGGAUGAACUGCUCCUUCUUACACCUGGACCUGUUGACUCGGACCCGGACUCUGUCGACAUGAUGUCUUGUUCUUACUUCUUCAGACUGAACUUCCUGUUUAGAUCUUCCAACAAACACCUGAAAUUUUUCUCCCGAAACAUCAAAACUCAGAAACCAGAACGAGGCUCUUCAUGAAUCAGUUGUCACAUUUUCUCAAUAAAUGUUCAUUUUAUUAUUAUUUUAUUUGGUCAGAUAUUUAAAGUUAUAAAAUGACCAAACAGGUAACGACAUAUUUAUCUCCUGAUCAACAGAUAACCUGAUCAGUCAAUCCUGACUUCAGGUUCACAGAUUAAACAUCAGUAUUUAUUGAGAAGAUGUGUCAGUGUCCCUUCUGGGCUGCCGUACUGACGAACAAAGACUCUCAGUUCAACUUGACAUUUGUUUGGUUCAUUCAGUCCUCACCUUCGAUGAUGUCAUCGGCGGCUCAAUAGGUGGCACCUGGUCCUCCUGCUGGUUUUUAAGGAAUCUGGAGAGAUUGUAAAUUUGUAAACUUUAUUUUCAGUGUUUCCAUAUUUGGACUUGUUCAUUUAAAAAUAGAAACCGAUUAGUUGGAUGUUUAUAUGUAGAUAAAUAUAAAAAACAAAGUUUAAAAAAAGUUGCACUAUUUUAUUACUUUUUAUAAAACUUCACAACAAAACAUUUUCCAAACCUGAACUGAACAUUUGUAGUUGUUUGGAGAAUCAACGUGAGGACGGACUGAAAACAGUUUGGAGGAAAUCAAACUUUAUUGAUUUGUCAUGUUGAUUGUUCGAGUGCUGAAUGCAUUAAAUACAUUUCAUGUUCCUCCAAUAAACUGAUGUGACAAACUCA